CUUUUUUUUUUUUUUGCUUUUGUCUCGGCAGCAUCCCACCCACCGCUCGGUUUUAUUUUUCCACACACACACACAUAAACAGAGAAAAGCAUCGAAAAUGUCGGGCUCCUCUAAUCUUGUAGCCAUGAAAAAAGUCGUACAGCAGCUCCGUUUCGAGGCGAGCAUACCCAGAGUGAAGGUCUCCCAGGCAGCGGCAGACCUUCAGCAGUUUUGCAUGCAGCACGCCAUGCAGGACCCUCUGCUGACCGGCGUGUCCUCCAGCACCAACCCUUUCAGGCCGCAGAAAGUCUGCUCCUUCUUGUGAAACCACUGUAUUCAUUGGCCUUCGUUUUGAUGCUACAGGGAAAAGUUGACCUCAACACUGCUCCUCAUGCCAAGCCAUUAUACUGCCACGGGAUCUCUCGAGUGUAGAACACAUUGGAACCAUGCCAGGAAGAUGACCAUCUAUUUUCAAUCACAGUAGAAGAAAGGAGACAGGUUUAUUUUUCAUGGCACAGUAUGAUUUUCGAGUAAAUUAUUGUGCCUUUUCUAUUGUUCUAUUUUAGUCAUCACUGUUCUGGACAUUUUUGUAUUUAAUGAAUUAAAAAAAAACAUUCUUUACUACUCCAA